AGAAUUUUUUUUUCAAAAAAAAAUUAGACUCGUGUGAAAAUAUAUUUCAAAAUCGAAAAAAUAAUCUUCUCGAUCAACUCUCAAAAGUGAAAAAUUCCAAACCACGUUUCACAGACAUCUACCUUCCGUCGUCGCCAUGGUAACCGAAAAUAACAAACCCAAACACAAACUCAAUCACCGGCUACGAUGACGACCACUGUCUAGUCAGUCUUAUCAACAUCGUAUGUAAAAUAUCAGUUCAUUCAUUUUAUCUUCUGUAUUUUAAAACCGAAGUCAUGGAGAUCGUAAAAUCAGUCGUCGAUAAAUUAAAUAAACCCCCUUUCAGUAAAAAUUUCAACAUAAUAUCGUUCGAUUCGUUAUCCUCCGAAGAACUGUUACAAGUGCUCUCAGAUGUCCUGCAGUAUAUCAGCGAUCAGGAGAAAAUCGAUAUCCACGCCGAAGAAUCGGAACAAACAGUUGUAAGAAUCCUUAGCAUGUUAUUAAUAGCCAGAUACAAACCUUUACAAGAUUCUGCGGCGAUAUUUCGUCAAAAUUUGCAACAAUGUGAUAAACAAACGGUGCACAAAUUACUCGAGUGGUUACUAUCGAACAUGGAGGAUUUGAAAAAACGUAUGUAUUUGGCGAAAUUCCUCGUCAAGGUAGACGUACCCAGUGAUAUACUGGGCGACUCUGAUAUCGCCAUUUUACACCAACAGUAUCUGCAGUUGAUCGAAGAGUUCAAGAAAAUACAUAAAGAGAGCACUUUGGCCAAAACUGGUAACAAGAUUAGCAUAUCUGAACUACGUUCGGACGGGGUGACAAUGGAGAAAGAGAAGGAAAUCGUAACUAAUCGUAUUUAUCAUAUAAAGAAAAAAAUCGACAGCUUGCCGAAUAUAGCUGCUUUGCUUCGUUCGACUCAUAAUCUCAGACAAGAAUACGAUCGUAAGAAAGAAAUAGCUUGGCAACAGCAAGAAGAAUCGGUCACGAUACAGCAAUGUCAGCAACGUUUGUACAGACUAUCUCAGCAGCUGCAAGAAUUACAAAAACGUUCGGUCGGUUUAUCGUCCCAAGCUUUGAUGAAAAAACUAGAGGAAGAAAUCUACGUCACUUCGUACAUCGCUAAUCAAAAACUACCUCGAGAACUACAACAGCAAAAAAAAGAAAAAGAGAUUAUGGAGACCAUCGCGUACUCUCCUAACGUGACGAAAUCAUCGAACGAGCAACUCGAAUCGAAAGUUCAGACGAUAACUCAACAUAUAAAUCAACUAGUCGAGAAUCGUCUUUCAUCCUCUACCAUAGCCGAUGAUAAAACCGUGCUUUUCAGGCAGCAGGCAGCCAUUGUAGCUCGUAAAAAAGAUAACCUGGCUGAGAAAUUCUCCGAGCUCAAGAAACAACUCCAAGAGGUACGCUCCAAGCUGGAGGAUAAGCAGCAUAAACUCGAAGAGAUGACCGGCGAAGGUGGAGUGAUCUUGAAGAGCAGCGAGCAUUUCCAAGAAUACGUCAGCAAGCUGAGAACUCGCAGUUUGAUUUAUAAACGUUACCGGAAUGAUUUGGCUACUUUGAAGGCCGAAAGUGGAAUACUUUCCCGAACGGUGGAUAUUCUUCGCUCGAAAGCUGAUCAAGUAGGGGUCGAUUUGAGUACCUUGCAAGAUAUCCAAGAUACCGAACCUCAACAACCGGAUAUCGAGAACAAAACCAGUGAAACGUUGCUCUCUUUGAUAACUCAACUCACCGCUAAUAUAUCUUCGCAAAAGGCGAAACUGGCUCCUUUGGUGGCUGGUGUGAAGCCUUUGCAAGAAGAACUGAGACAGUUGACGACCGAACACGAUGAAUGUAAACGUGUCUACGACAGAACGAACAUGUCGUUGAAUACAAAUCUGACUAAACUAAUCAACGAAGUCAAUACUUUGGAAGAGUUUCACAAUAAGACAUCGGCCGAAGUUAAAAACCUAUCGGAGAAGAUACAAAAAGCCAACGAUGAUUUAAAAAGGGCAGUUGAAGAAUUCCACGCCAGUCUUGAGAAAAAUAAUAGUAAGCCUUUGGUUAAAGAAAGACUACAACAAAGGAUUGUCGAAGAGGAACGAAUCAAUCGUAUGUUGAAAGAAGAACAAAUACAAGUUCGUGAUAACGAGCAUCUUAGCAUGAAACAGAAAGACGCUUGGAAUAAUUUAUGCUUACUUAUGCAAGUGAAACUCAAAUGCUGGCAACAAGAGAAAGAGGAUAGUAAUACGAUAGUGCAUAAAGAACGAGGCGCCGAGACUUUAGUUUUGUUAUGAAUAAAAGUUUUUUGUAAAAUGA